UCAGGAGCGCGGUCUCCCGCCCCACCGCGAUGGGCUCCGAGGCGGCGCAGCUGCUGGAGGCUGCUGAUUUCGCGGCUCGCAAGCACAGUGGGCAGAGGCGAAAGGACCCCGAAGGGACCCCCUACAUCAACCACCCCAUCGGUGUGGCUCGGAUCCUGACCCACGAGGCGGGAAUCACUGACAUUGUGGUGUUACAGGCAGCCCUGCUCCAUGACACAGUGGAGGACACAGACACCACCCUGGAUGAGGUGGAGCUGCACUUUGGGGCACAGGUGCGGCGUCUGGUGGAGGAGGUAACAGAUGACAAGACUCUGCCCAAGCUGGAGAGAAAGAGGCUGCAAGUGGAGCAGGCUCCCCACAGCAGCCCAGGGGCUAAACUGGUGAAGCUGGCGGACAAGCUGUACAAUCUGAGGGACCUGAACCGCUGCACCCCAGAGGGCUGGUCCGAACAUCGCGUCCAGGAAUACUUCGAGUGGGCAGCGCAGGUGGUGAAGGGCCUUCAGGGAACAAACCGGCCGCUGGAAGAGGCUCUAAAGCAGCUGUUUAAGGAGCGGGGGUUGACACUCUGAGCAGUGCUUGGAGUGGCGGAGACUCCAGCCUUGGCCAGGCCCGAGUGGAGUCAUCCGCCAGCCUUUCGCCGCCUCUCGAGCUCCCUCCGUGGUGCGCUCGGCCCAGCGGCCAAAAACAUUUGUCGUUUCUCAUUUGGAAGGUCUCCUGCCAACUAAGCUGAGCCUGGAUUGUGGGAGUCAGGCGCCUACCCCCCAAAUCCACUUCUGAUGCAGUCACUGCCCUUCAGGCCUUGAGUCUGUCUGCCAUUUUGCAAGGUGAUGUCUCUGGCCCCUCAGGUACUUGGGCUUAUAUAAACACUUGUUCAUAAUCAUUGUGGAAAAUAAAGCAUUU